AGAUCUGGCAACCUUGCGUUCAGUGUAGAAUUCAGGGUGCGGAAUGAAUGCGGAUUCUUUCUGUCCAUAUCUCUUUUUUGUAACAAAACGGGAUUAAAUUUUGCUCUUUGCAUUAUUGGCGAGCAAAAUUAGCUUAUUUUGCACCUCUGCACAAGUGGAGAAAUAUGAAUUCCUCUGGAGUGUUUUCUGCACAGGAGACAGUUUCUCUGACAGUUUGUGGUAAGCUUCACCGGUGACUGAAAGGCCUUCAGAGGCUCAAACUUUCAACCUACACAUUUGGGUGAGCCAGCGUGUGUCUGAAUGAAGCAGCGUCAUGGCUGCGAUGAUUCCGCCAGUGAAGCUGAAAUGGCUGGAGCAUCUUAACAGCUCCUGGAUCUCGGAGGACAGCGAGUCCAUCUCUACACGAGAGGGUGUGGCUCUGCUGUACUCCAAGCUCCUGGCUAAUAAAGAGGUGGUGCUGCUUCCUCAGCAGGUUAUGUGCCUGAAAGGCCCCCAGCUGCCUGACUUUGAGCGCGAAUGCCUGUCACGUGAUGAACAGGAGCACUACUUGGAUGCGCUGCUGGCCAGUCAGCUGUCUUUGGCCAAAACCGUGUGCUCUGACUCUCCUUUCGCCAACGCACUGCGCAAACGUCUUCUGGUGCUGCAGCGCAUUUUUUAUGCUCUCUCCACCAAGUACCAUGACAAGGGCAAGACGAAACAGCAGCAACACUCGGGCGAGAGCGCUCUGAACUCCUCUGAGCUGCAGGCGGCAAGUGAGCGGCCACGUUCCAGUACAGACGCUCUAAUCGAGAUGGGCGUACGCACUGGUCUAAGCUUAUUAUUUGCUCUCCUGCGUCAGAGCUGGGCUCUGCCCACCUCUGCCCCCGGCCCCAGCCUCUGUAACGAUGUCAUCACCACGGCGAUCGAUGUAGUGGGCUCGCUACCACCCUUAUCUCUAGCCAAUGAGAGUAAGAUCCCGCCAAUGGGUUUAGAUUGCCUGGUGCAGGUCACCACCUUCCUGAAGGGCGUGAUCGCCUGCCAAUCAGGAGCUGACGUGGUUGGGCGGAGACUGGCCUCCGAGCUCCUCCUGGGUUUAGCGGCGCAGAGGGGAUCUCUGCGCUAUCUGCUGGAGUGGGUGGAGAUGGCGCUGGCCGCCUCAGCUGGAGUCAGCAACCUGGAGCACAACCAGAACCUGGAAGGUUUGAUGGGAUACGACUGUUUCAUGAAUAUCCUCAUGCAGAUGAGACGAUCGCUGGGUUCGUCGGCAGACAGGAGUCAGUGGAGAGAGCCAACACAAACUCCAGAUGGCCUGUGCUCUCUGUAUGAAGCUGCACUCUGUCUGUUUGAAGAGGUCUGUCGCAUGGCAUCAGAUUAUUCAAGGACGUGCGCAAGUCCAGACAGCAUCCAGACAGGUGAGGCAGCCAUGGUGUCCGAGACGUGUGAGGUGUACGUGUGGGGUAGUAACAGCAGCCACCAGCUUGUGGAGGGAACACAGGAGAAAAUCCUUCAGCCCAAACUAGCGGCCAGCUUUAGCGACGCACAAACGAUCGAAGCCGGACAGUAUUGCACAUUCGUCAUCUCAUCAGACGGAUCCGUCAGGGCUUGCGGAAAGGGAAGCUACGGCCGCCUGGGUCUGGGCGACUCCAACAACCAAUCCACGCUGAAGAAGCUGACCUUUGAACCUCACCGGGCCAUCAAAAAGGUUUCCUCAUCUAAGGGCUCGGAUGGACACACAUUGGCGUUCACAAGUGAAGGGGAGGUGUUCAGCUGGGGAGACGGAGACUAUGGCAAACUGGGACAUGGCAACAGCUCCACACAGAAAUACCCCAAACUCAUACAGGGACCUCUGCAGGGGAAGGUGGUGGUGUCGGUGUCCGCUGGAUACAGGCACAGUGCAGCGGUUAGUGAGGAUGGAGAGCUGUAUACCUGGGGAGAAGGUGACUUUGGAAGACUCGGCCACGGCGACAGCAACAGCCGAAACAUCCCCAUGCUGGUGAAAGACAUCAGUAAUGUAGGCGAGGUGUCCUGCGGCAGUUCUCACACCAUUGCACUCUCGAAAGACGGACGCACGGUCUGGUCCUUCGGGGGCGGAGACAACGGUAAACUCGGGCAUGGCGACACCAACCGUGUCUACAAACCCAAAGUCGUGGAGGCUCUACAGGGAAUGUUUAUUCGUAAAGUUUGCGCCGGGAGCCAGUCUUCUCUCGCCCUUACCUCCACUGGACAGGUGUACGCAUGGGGUUGUGGUGCGUGUCUGGGCUGUGGAUCCUCCGAAGCCACCGCUCUCAGACCCAAGCUGAUCGAGGAACUGGCCACCACCCGCGUUGUAGAUAUCUCUAUAGGAGACAGUCAUUGCCUGGCUUUGUCACAUGAUAACGAAGUUUACGCCUGGGGAAAUAACUCGAUGGGUCAGUGCGGUCAAGGCAACUCGACCGGCCCAAUCACCAAACCUAAGAAGGUGAUUGGUUUAGACGGCGUGGCCAUUCAACAGAUUUCUGCAGGCACCUCCCACAGUCUGGCGUGGACUGCCCUUCCUCGAGACAGGCAAGUGGUGGCAUGGCACAGGCCAUACUGCGUGGAUCUGGAGGAGAGCACUUUUGCUCAUCUGCGUUCAUUCCUGGAAAGAUACUGUGAUGGCAUCAAUAACAAAGUUCCCCCCCUGCCCUUCCCUUCCUCCAAAGAGCACCACAACUUCUUAAAGCUGUGCUUGAAGCUCUUAUCCAAUCACCUGGCUCUGGCACUGGCGGGGGGUGUGGCCACCAGUAUCCUAGGACGACAGGCACGGCCUCUCCGCAACCUGUUGUUUAGAUUGAUGGAUGCAUCAGUGCCUGAUGAAAUUCAGGAGGCAGUCAUUGAGACUCUGUCUGUCGGUGCCACCAUGUUGCUCCCACCUCUGAGGGAAAGAAUGGAGCUUCUUCACUCGCUCCUUCCUCAAGGACCUGACCGCUGGGAGAGCCUCUCUAAAGGACAGAGGAUGCAGCUGGACAUAAUUCUAACCAGUCUACAGGAUCACACCCAUGUUGCAUCUCUGCUGGGCUACAGUUGUCCUCCAGAUGUCUCGGAGUCCAUCACACUGUCCUCAGAUCCCACACACACACCGGAUACACAGCCUGACACACACCUUGCUGAGAUCCUCAUGAAGACUCUACUCAGGAACUUGGGCUUCUAUACAGAUCAGGCAUUUGGAGAACUAGAGAAAAACAGCGAUAAGCAUUUGCAGGGAACAUCUUCAUCUGAAAACAGUCAGCCUGCUCACCUUCACGAGCUUCUCUGUUCUCUACAGAAACAACUGCUGGCCUUCUGUCACAUGAACCCUGUCACAGAGGAUUCUAGCAGUGUGGCCCUUCUUCAUAAACACCUGCAGCUUUUGCUGCCUCAUGCCACAGACAUUUUCAUUCGCUCAGCCAUGCUUCUGAAGGAGAGUUCUGGAAACGGUAGCGUGUGUGAAAAACUAAGAGAUGUAAUGUACGUGUCUUCAGCUGGAAGCAUGUUGAGUCAGAUCAUGACAUCGUUGCUGUUAUUGCCCGUGUGGGUGGCUCGUCCACUGCUGAGUUUCCUUUUAGACCUUCUGCCCCCGUUAGACCGCCUCAACAGACUUCUGCCAGCUGCCACACCAUUAGAGGACCAGGAGCUGCAGUGGCCAGUUCAGGGAAUCACAGAACUAGCAGAGCUUGCAUCCGGUCCUGUACAGUCCUGGGUGUGGCUCAUGGAUCUGGAGCGCACAGUGGCUUUGCUCAUUGGGCGAUGCCUCGGGGGAAUGCUGCAAGGCUCUGCCCCCUCAUUGGAGGAACAGCACACGGCAUACUGGCUGAAAACGCUACUUUUCAGCAAUGGCCUGGAGACAGACAUACCUCAGCUAGACUCGUGUAUCAAUGCACUGCUGGAAGCAGCUCUGUGUGGGAAUGAGGAGAAGAAGCCUUUUGACUGCUCAUUGCGAGCUGACAUGAGUGUGUUAGUGGACCUGGCCCUCGGAUCCACUAAAGAACCCACACACAGCCUGUGGACCAACAUGCUGGACUACUCCAUCAGCAAGGACUGGGACAGUGCAACUUUGAAUAAUGAGGCUUUGUUGGACACCGUGUCACGCUUUGUUUUGGCCACGCUGCUGAAACACACAGGACUACUGGGCCAUGCCUGUAGAGGGGGCAGGUAUCAGCCAUGUAAGCUGUUGGCUGAAGUGUACCGGAAUGUGUAUAAGGUGCGGAAUCGCUUACUGGCCUGCAAAAACAUGGAGCUCGUCCCAACUCGCUCAACAUCCAGAGAGCGCAGGAUCUCUGAGAAUGUGGACUCUGUGGAACUGGACCCACAGGAGCAUGCUUUCACUCGCACCAUCGAUGAGGAAGCGGAACUGGAGGAACGAGCCGAACGGGAGCGAGACCGAGAGGACUACCAUCAGGAACAAGAAGAUGAGGAGGAGAGGGAGCAGGAGGUGAUGACUGCAGGAAAAAUUUUCCAGUGUUUUCUUUCAGCGCGGGAUGUUGCACGAAGCCGAGAGCGAACACACACAAACAGCAUUGGUGUCCCAGACGAUGCUGUUCAGCCUGGACAGGAGCGCAGGGACAGCGUCCCCUUACAGGACAGGCAGGACCUCUACACCACCACCUGCAAUGCCAUCAUCCAUCGCUGUGCCAUGCUUCUAAUGGCCGUCAGCCCGACUCUCAUGCAGACGGCCAACGAGCAGCCGACUUUGAGCGCCACAAUCCAAGAUGGAUCUGGAUUCAUGACCAGGAGUGAGAGUCUGUCCACUGAGAGCCGUUCUAUCCAGAGUGGUCCGAGUUACAGACUCACUAAAUCCAGAAGUGAGUCUGAUCUCUCCCAGCCUGAGUCUGAUGAAGAGGGAUACUCACUGAGCGGCAAAAGAAAUGCUGACCUGGACUUGGCGUUCACUCAUAAAAAGAGAGAUUUUGCUCAAAGCACUCCGGACUCCGCCGAAUGGUUCGGCUGGCGUUCGGGUCGUGAUCGCCUGCACAGCUCUUCUCAGUCUUACGAAGAGUCAGACUCUGACCUGAGCUGCACGCUGCACAUCCACACACUCAUCGACAACAUUGUCAGCUUUAUCAGUGGCGACGUGGGAAACACGCCCGGAUUCAAGGAACCAGAGGAGAGCAUGUCAACUAGUCCUCAAGCUACAAUUAUAGCCAUGGAGCAGCAGCAGGGCAGAGCGGAGCUGCGAUUGGAUGCCCUUCAUCAGAUCGUGGUUUUAAUAUCUGGGAUGGAGGAGAAAAGUCAGGCUGUAGUAGAGGGCAUAGCAGGGCGUGGGUCCGCCACUUUUCACUCUGCCUCCUUGCUGACUUCAGUCAGACUGCAGUUCUUGGCCGGAUGCUUUGGCCUUGGCGCCUGUAACGGGGGACUAAAGGGUGAAAGCGUCCAGCUGCACCACUACCAGGAUGGCAUUCGAGCUGCUAAAAAGAAAUUACAGAUGGACAUUCAGACAGCGGUGCAUAAAAUCUACCAGCAGCUUUCGAUCACUCUGGAAAGAGCUCUUCAAUCUAAUAAGCACCAUAUAGAGGCUCAGCAGAGGCUGCUGUUAGUGACCGUGUUUGCCCUCAGUGUGCGCUACCAGCCCGUCGACGUUUCGUUGGCCAUCUCCAGCGGUCUGCUCGAUGUGCUUUCUCAGCUGUGCGGUAAGGAAACCCUGCUGGGACACACCCUCCAGCUCCUGCACAAACCUGCCGGCUCUCAGCUCAGCACAGCGCUCAAAGUGGCUAGCACCCGACUACUGCAGAUCCUUGCCAUCAGCACCGGGACGUACGCUGAUCGAUUGAGCCCUAAAGUUGUUCAGGCUCUGCUGGACCUGCUCUGCAGUCAGCUGAAGACUUUGCUGUCUCAGGCUGCAGGAAAUGUUCUCAGCACAGGUCCAGAGUCUGAGGAGAAGACAGACGAUGGUGCAGACACAAUGAAAAAAGACUUUAAGGCGUUACUGCGUAAGCAGCACACGGCAGAGCUACAUUUAGGAGACUUUCUAGUGUUUCUGAGAAGAGUUGUAUCUUCAAAAGCUAUCCAGUCCAAGAUGGCGUCACCUAAAUGGACCGAAGUGCUGCUUAACAUUGCAGCUCAAAAAUGCUGUUCAGGUGUACCACUCGUGGGGAAUUUGAGAACACGACUGCUUUCCUUGCAUGUCUUGGAGGCUGUUCUACCAGCCUGUGAAAGUAGCGUUGAUGAUCAUCAGAUGACACAGGUGGUAGAACGGUUGUUUUCUCUUCUGUCAGACUGCAUGUGGGAGGCUCCUGUCGCUCAGGCCAAACACAUCGUCCACCUGAAGGAGAAAGAGCAAGAGGUCAAACUUCAGGGUGAGUCCGAGGAGGAGGAAGAGAACCUGCCUGUUCAGGAAGUGAUCUUUGACCCUGAAAAGGCGCAGUGCUGUGUGGUGGAAAAUGGCCAGGGUCUGACACAUGGCAGCGGUGGGAAAGGCUAUGGUCUGGCUGCUACAGGAAUUUCAUCAGGUUGCUACCAGUGGAAGUUCUACAUAGUGAAGGAGAACCGUGGGAACGAGGGAACAUGCGUGGGUGUGUCUCGCUGGCCCGUACACGACUUCAACCACCGCACCACAGCUGACAUGUGGCUGUACCGUGCCUACAGCGGAAACCUGUACCACAAUGGGGAACAGACGCUCACACUGUCCAGCUACACACAGGGCGACUACAUCACCUGCGUGUUGGACAUGGAGGCUCGCACCGUGUCCUUUGGCAAGAACGGAGAGGAACCUAAACUGGCUUUUGAAGAUGUGGAUGCUGCCGAGCUUUACCCGUGCGUCAUGUUCUACAGCAGCAACCCAGGCGAAAAGGUCAAAAUCUGCGACAUGCAAAUGCGAGGCACACCACGUGACCUAUUACCAGGUGACCCCAUUUGCAGCCCCGUGGCCACAGUCCUUGCUGAGGCCGUGUCUCAGUUAGUAAGGAUUUUGCACCGCUCGGACGACUGGACGCAACCCAUCAACAGGUGCAUACUCCAACGGCUGCAGCAGAUCCACGGCUGUCUGCACGACUGCGCUCCAACCACAGGUGGUGCGAGACUCCGUAAGAGUCGCUCAGCUCAGAGCCGUGACGAGCAGGACGAGGUGAAGGAAGAGGACCGGGACGAGGAGCGAGGCAGAAGCGGAAGGGAGCUGACGGAGGUGCAGCUGCGUACACUCUGUAACCUGAUAUGGCCGGUGCUAGCUGUGAUCGGAGGUGUGGACGGUGGGCUGAGGGUUGGAGGGCACUGUGUGCACAAGCAAAGUGGGAGACACGCCACCCUGCUGGGUGUGGUGAAGGAGGGCAGCAUGUCAGCUAAGGUGCAGUGGGAUGAGGCAGAGAUCACCAUCAGCUUCCCCGCUUUCUGGUCACCUAGUGACACGCCGUUGUAUAACCUGGAGCCGUGCGAGCCACUACCCUUUGACGUGGCACGUUUCCGAGGUCUUACCGCUGCGCUGCUUCUGGACCUCACCACUCUGGUUUCGCUCCUGGACGAUGGCACCAAGCUCUCGACUUCAUCCGGCUCCUCUUCCUCAUCACGCCGCCAUGAGCGCCGACAUCGGCACGAGCCUCAUGAGACAGAAAUUGAAGACGUGCCUGGCGACCUCCGUGUCUCUCACAGCUUGGAUGAAGUGCGCUCCCAUGCUCACACCAGCACCCAUGCUGAGCCGCAAAAGGCACCUGUGUUGGCUGAGGUCCACGCCGUGCAGCUUUCCUACCUCUGCCUCGGUGCCAUGAAGAGCCUAAGCGUCCUGCUGAGCUGCAGCAAGUACGCCGAGCUCCUGCUCAUCCCUAAGGCAGUUCCUGACAGCGGCCACAACUCGGAUUGCGGUAGCCCGAGCAUCAGCGUCUCGCAGGAGGAGGCAGAGAUGCGUUCAGCUCUGCAGUUCCUAAUGAGGCACAUGGUGAAGCGGGCCGUGAUGAGGUCACCCAUUAAACGUGUGCUGGGAUUGGCAGAACUGGAGCGGGCACAGGCCAUGAUUUACAAACUUGUUGUCAGUAGUGUGUUGGAGGAGCAAGAGGGUGGAAGAACCAAGCAAUCUGAGGGUGAGUGUGAGGAGGUGGAAGGUGAGCAGCAGUUCCAGACUCCUGUCACUACCUCACCAUCUGCCUCCAGCAGCACCUCAUUUAUGAGCUCCUCCCUAGAGGACACCACCACUGCAACUACACCUGUCACCACAGCAACCACACCAGUAACAGAUGCUGAGACUGUGCCAGCUGCAGAAUCACCAGGAGUUAUGCCUCUCAGCCUGCUCAGACAGAUGUUCUCCAGCUACCCCACCACUACGCUACUACCCGCUCGCCGAGCUCAGACUCCUCCAGUCUCAUCCCUGCCCACAUCACCUUCAGACGAGCACGGCCGGAGACAAAGUUUUACCUCACCUGAGACUCAGCCUGCCAGAACCACCAACAGGACAGCACUGUCAGACCCCAGCAGCCGUCUCUCCACAUCUCCUCCUCCACCUGCCAUCGCUGUGCCCCUGCUUGAGAUGGGGUUUCCUCUCAGACAGAUCCUGAAGGCUCUAGAAGCAACAGGUACGCGAGGUGAGGCCGACGCCCAAAACAUCACCGUUUUAGCUAUGUGGAUGAUCGAACACCCCGGCACUGAGGACUCGGAAGAGCGCACCAUAUCUUCUGAGUUUUCGGGUGCAGCCAUUGGAGGCAAGAGUGCGGAGAGGAGCUAUCUGCGCUCACCUGGAGACAUUCCCAAUGCAGACGCCACAGAGCCGGAGGAAGGAUUCAGUGAAAGCCCUGAAGGAUUGGAUCAAGACACUGCCUCUGCUUCCACCGGCCACACCCGUAGGCGCUCAACCGCUAGUAGAAAGCAUCGCUUUGAUCUGGCUGCACGCACAUUACUGGCUCGUGCAGCUGGACUGUACCAUUCGGUGCAGGCCCACCGCUCACAGGUGCGCAGAGAGGGGCCUGGGCUGCAGCAGGACUCGGGCUCACUGGGAGGAGUUUAUGACUUCAACCUGGAUGAGGAGCUGGAGCUGGAGCUGGACCAAGAGGCGAUGGAGGCUAUGUUCACCCAGGAGCUCGCUUCAGACUCUGACAUACUGGGAAUGUGGAUUCCGGAGGUACUGGAUUGGCCAACAUGGCAUGUGUGCGAGUCAGAGGAACGCGAGGAGGUUGUAGUCUGUGAGCUCUGCGACAUGAAUGUGUCCAGCUUUAACCAGCACAUGAAGAAGAGCCAUCCCGGAUGUGGACGAAGCGCCAAUCGUCAGGGUUACCGUAGCAAUGGGUCCUACGUGGACGGAUGGUUUGGGGGCGAGUGUGGAAGCGGAAACCCUUAUUACCUGUUGUGUGGGAGCUGCAGAGAAAAGUACCUCGGUAUGAAGAGUAAGCACAAAGGAGUGGUGCCGGAGAGAUAUAAGGGCCAGGCUCCAGACCUACUGGGAAAACAGGACAGUGUCUAUGAAGGUGUGGGUUCUACAGAGGACUGGGACAUGCUGGACUUGGACGAGACGGAGAAGCUUACGGGCGAGGAGGAGUUUGAGCUUCUUUCAGCGCCGUUGGGACUCACAGAACGCAAACCAGUCCCUGAAGCUGUUCAUUUCCCUGACACAGACCCCCUUGGAGCCUCAGUUGCCAUGGUUACCGCUACAAAUAGCAUGGAGGAGACCCUCCUGCAGAUAGGCUGUCAGAGUUCGGUGGAUAAGAGCUCUUCAGGACGUAUGUGUUUGGGCGAGCAGGCUGCAGGGCUUCAGAAUUCCGCCGAUCGUAUGGUGGCUUUGAGGAGAGUCACAGCAGCUGCCCAAGUUCUGGUGGCCAGAACUAUGGUGAUGAGAGCACUGUCUCUGCUUUCAGUCAGCGGUUCUAGCUGCAGUCUCGCUGCUGGACUGGAGUCCCUGGGAUUAACAGACAUUAGGACCCUGGUGCGUUUGAUGUGUCUGGCUGCAGCUGGUCGUGCCGGUCUCUCAACGGGUCUUGCCUCAGGCCCUGGUGCUUUAGAGCGGCCACGUGGCACCAACAAACCCACCAAACCUAUUUCCUGUCUGGCCUACCUCAGCACUGCUGUGGGCUGCCUCGCCUCAAACAGCCCCAGUGCUGCCAAGCUCCUCGUCCAGCUUUGCACUCAGAACCUGAUUUCAGCAGCUACAGGAAUGAACCUGACCACAGUGGAUGAUCCAAUCCAGAGGAAGUUCCUGCCCAGUUUCCUACGGGGUGUGGCUGAGGAAAACAAACUCAUCACGUCGCCAAACUUUGUAGUGACGCAGGCUCUUGUGGCACUCUUAGCUGAUAAAGGAGCGAGACUAAGACCUGGUUACGACAAAGCAGAACUGGAGAAGAGAGGCCCUUUGGAUCUAGCCAAUGCGCUGGCCGCAUGCUGUCUCUCGUCUCGCCUCUCCUCACAGCAUCGCCAAUGGGCCGCACAGCAACUGGUGCGGACGCUCGCCGCUCACGACCGAGACAACCAGAGCCGACCACAGACCUUUGCCGACAUGGCAGGCGAUUUACGCAAGUGCUCUACCAUCAAGCUAGAGGCUCACCAGGGCAGAGUAAUCUCCUGUGGGUGGUGUAAUAAGAAAAGUCUUUUGGCGACCAGCGGUAGUGACGGAACUGUUCGAGUCUGGAACGUAAACAAGAACCAGUACACUCUUCAGCAGACAUGUGUCUUUAACAAAGCAGAUGGUACCCCUGAGGAGUUUUCUAGCGGGCUGGGUUCUCCAAGUGACCCAAGUUUGGCACCCGUGGCUUGGAGCGUAAGCGGAAAGUUUUUAGCAGCAGCCAUGGAGAAAGUGGUCAACAUCUGGCAGGUCAACGGUGGUAAGGGAUUGUUGGACCUGCAGCCUCACUGGGUGUCCACGCUGGCAUGGCCAGAGAAUGAGGCAGGGUGUCUCUGGGCUGGAGAGCCUCGAGAGCUUCUAUUAGUUGGUCGCAUAGAUGGAACCCUGGGACUUCUUGAAGUUCUAGAUGCUUCAAACAUGCAGAGAACCGAACUACUGCACUGCUACAGGAAAGACGUGGCUGUGAUGAACAUUGCAUGGUACAGCGAGGAUCGACCAUUUGCUGUCGGCUAUGCCGACGGAAAGCUUUUGAUUGGCUGUAAAGAAGCCCUGGAGAAUGGAUCUAUAGUCAUCAUUGAUGCUCAUAAGGAAAGCGUCAAUUCCCUGCACUGGGCUCCUGGAGGGCAAAUUUUAUUAAGCUGUGCCAAAGAAGAAACUGUGUGCCUGUGGGCGGAAUCUGGGGCAGGGCUCGGGCGCAGCUGGGUGUGUCUCCAGACCAUCGUUCACCCAAGUGUAGUGAAUGCUGUUGCCUGGUGUGGCCUAUCCGGACAGGGUCUUAAAGCACUAAACAUGCUUGCCACGUGUUGUCAGAAUGGUUUGGUGUCUGUGUGGACUGUGCCACAGGACCCCUUAGUUUUCUCUAAGUCCAGCUCACCCUGCACAGAUGCAUGGUGGGAAACAGAGUCCAAGUCCAAACCCAGGUUUACCCCACUAUGGUACGAGGGAGCAGUGUGUGUCUACCAGCUGCGAGGUCACAUGACUCCGGUCAGGACUAUAGCAUUCAGUCCUGAUGGCCUUGCUCUGGUGUCUGGUGGUGUUGGUGGUCUCCUAAACAUCUGGUCUCUCCGAGAUGGCUCCGUUUUACAGACGGUGGUUGCAGGUUCUGGAGCAAUUCAGAGCACUGGAUGGAUCCCGGAUGUUGGUGUGGCUGUCUGUUCCAAUCGCUCAAAGGAUGUUUUGGUUGUGAACUGCUCUAGUGAGUUCAUGGCUGCUAAUCACGUGCUAGCGACAUGCCGCACUGCUCUGAAAAAGCAGGGUAUUGUGGGAUUGAACAUGGCUCCCUGUAUGCGUACUUUCCUCGAGAGACUUCCCAUCAUGCUUCAGGAACAGUACACCUACGAGAAGCCUCAUGUUGUGUGUGGAGAGCAGUUGAUCCACAGUCCGUACAUGCAGUGUUUGGCAUCUUUGGCAGUUGGUCUGCAGUUGGACGCGUUACUGUGUUGCCCCCCACUGCCUCUUCACCUGCUUCACUGCCCUACCCAGCCUGCCCCUUCCUCAUCAUCCUCUUCCUCCUCCUCAUGUCUGUCAACACACCUACAAUCAUGGGGCAGUAGUGACUGGGCAUGGCUUCACUGCUUCUCCACCACAGUGAAGACGGCUGAGGCGCUCGCUCGUGGUCACACUUUCCCAGAAUCCUUUAGUGUGCCGGAUCUGGAGCCCGUGGCCAAGGAUAAAAUAGCUCUGCUAAUGGACAACAGUAAAUGGGUUUCUGGGAUGGACGAGCAGUUGAUGUCAUGGGCCACCUGCAGACCAGAGGACUGGCACCUGGGUGGGAAGUGUGAGGCUUAUCUGUGGGGCGCAGGACGACACGGUCAGCUUGCUGAGGCAGGACGGAACAUUCUGGUACCAACGCUUGCUCCUUCCUUCUCUCAGGCUCAACAGGUUGUAUGUGGGCAGAACUGCACGUUUAUGAUUCAGGCGAAUGGAACGGUGUCAGCUUGCGGAGAGGGCAGCUAUGGCCGUCUGGGUCAGGGCAACUCGGAUGACCUGCACAUUCUUACUGUCAUCUCAGCAUUACAAGGGUUUGUGGUGACUCAGCUGGUCACGUCGUGCGGCUCUGAUGGACACUCGAUGGCUCUUACUGAGAGUGGUGAGGUGUUUAGUUGGGGAGACGGCGACUAUGGAAAACUGGGCCAUGGCAACAGUGACCGCCAACGCCGGCCACGCCAAAUAGAGGCUCUGCAAGGAGAGGAGGUGGUUCAGAUGUCUUGUGGGUUCAAACACUCGGCCGUUGUCACGGCAGACGGUAAACUUUUCUGCUUUGGGAAUGGAGACUAUGGCAGACUCGGCCUGGGAAACACGUCCAAUAAGAAACUCCCAGAAAGAGUCACGGCUUUGGAAGGUCAACAGAUUGGCCAGGUGGCAUGCGGACUGAAUCAUACACUGGUGGUGUCAGCUGAUGGAUCAACCGUCUGGGCGUUUGGAGACGGAGAUUACGGAAAGCUUGGGUUGGGAAACUCAACCGCCAAAUCUUCACCACAGAAAGUGGACGUUUUGUGUGGAAUCGGAAUUAAGAAGGUGGCGUGUGGAACCCAGUUCUCUGUGGCUUUGACCAAGGAUGGAAAUGUUUACACGUUUGGCCAAGAUCGCCUGAUCGGCCUACCAGAGGGCCGUGCACGUAAUCACAAUCGUCCUCAGCAGGUCCCUGCCCUUGUGGGCGUGUUUAUUCAGGAUGUAGCUGUGGGGGCAGAGCAUACGGUCGCUCUUGCCUCUACAGGAGAUGUUUACGCCUGGGGGACCAACUCUGAGGGACAGCUCGGUUUGGGUCACACCAACCAUGUACGAGAGCCGACUCUCAUCACAGCUUUGCAGGGUAAAAACAUCCAGCAGAUUUCAGCUGGACGCUGCCAUAGUGCUGCAUGGACUGCUCUGUCAGUACCACCCAGAGCACCAGGCUCCUCUAUGCCACUGCAGCUGGGGCUGCCCGUGUGUGUGCCUCCGCAGUACGGUGCUCUGAGAGAUGUCAACAUGGAGGCACUGAGAGCUCGGCUACGUUUGCUUUAUCACUUCUCUGACCUCAUGUACUCUUCCUGGAGACUGCUGAAUCUCAGCCCUAACAAUCAGAGUUGCACGUCACAUUAUAACCCCGGGACGUGGGGUAUCGUACAGGGGCAGUUGCGUCCUCUGCUGGCUCCACGUGUGUAUAUGCUCCCCAUGGUGCGCUCCAUUGGUAAGACCAUGGUGCAGGGCAAAAACUACGGCCCUCAGAUCACAGUCAAGAGAAUCUCCACUCGCGGGAGGAAGUGUAAGCCCAUCUUCGUGCAGAUUGCUCGCCAGGUGGUGAAGCUGAACGCUUCUGAUCUCAGGCUGCCGUCUCGGGCGUGGAAGGUGAAGCUGGUCGGAGAAGGAGCGGACGAUGCUGGAGGAGUUUUUGAUGACACCAUUACUGAAAUGUGUCAGGAGCUGGAGACUGGAGUAGUGGAUCUCCUCAUCCCAUCUCCUAAUGCUACUGCAGAAGUUGGAUACAACAGAGACAGGUUCUUGCUGAACCCCUCAGCAUGCCUGGAUGAGCAUUUACUUCAGUUUAAGUUCCUGGGCAUCCUGAUGGGCGUGGCCAUACGCACCAAGAAACCGCUGGACCUGCAUCUGGCUCCGAUGGUGUGGAAACAGCUGUGCUGCAUCCCUCUGAUGCUGGAGGACCUGGAGGAAGUGGACCUGUUGUAUGUGCAGACUCUCAAUAGCAUCCUGCACCUGGAGGACAGCGGUAUUACAGAGCAGAACUUUCACGAGAUGAUUCCUCUCGAUUCGUUUGUGGGCCAGAGUGCUGAUGGGAAAAUGGUACCCAUCAUACCGGGUGGAAACAGCAUCCCGCUGACCUUCUCCAACAGGAAGGAGUAUGUAGAACGAGCGAUAGAGUACCGGCUACAUGAGCUUGACCGCCAGGUGGCGGCCGUGAGGGAGGGCAUGUCGUGGAUUGUGCCGGUUCCUCUGCUCUCAUUGCUGACUGCUCGGCAGUUGGAGCAGAUGGUGUGUGGUCUGGCGGAGAUCAGCGUGGAUGUGCUGAAGAAGGUGGUGCGGUAUCGGGAGGUGGAGGAGCAGCAGCAGCUGGUGCAGUGGUUCUGGCAGACGCUUGAUGAGUUCUCUAACGAGGAACGCAUGCUGUUCAUGAGAUUCGUGUCUGGACGUUCACGUCUCCCCGCUAACACAGCGGACAUCUCGCAGCGCUUCCAGAUCAUGAAGGUGGACCGGCCGUACGACAGUCUUCCCACAUCUCAGACCUGUUUCUUCCAGCUCCGCCUCCCUCCUUACUCCAGCCAGUCAGUGAUGGCCGAGCGGCUACGCUACGCUAUCAAUAACUGUCGUUCGAUCGACAUGGACAACUACAUGCUGUCUCGGAACGUGGACAACACGGAGGGCUCAGACACAGACUACUGACUGACCCUCAAUGCACAAAGACAAGCUGAACUCCGACUCGGCUCUUUUUAACCUUCAAACACA